AUGUCUUUUCUAACCCGCCUAGCCAGCCUCCUGGGCCUGUCUUCUCCAGCCCCCGUUGUCGCACCUCCAGGCGCCGCCCUCGCAGCAACCAUCACAGUACCUGCAUCGUUAGGAUUUGUCCCAGUCGCGAUUCACUUUGAUCUCUUCAAUAUCCUCGUGGGUCAUGGCAGACCCGCGACGGCCGAUGAAGUCUCGGCGACCUGCAAUGCACGUCUCAAAGCCAAAGGGGAAAAUGAGCCUGAGCUGAGUACCAGAUUAGCCUCGGACACACUGUACAUCAUGGCCGGACUUGGGCUAGUCGAGCGCGUGGACGAGGACUGCUUUACAGCAAAUGCCAUCACAAACCACAUGGUCGCCAUGCCCUCUGCCCAGCAUGGCGCACUGCACUUACACGCACUAACCCCACCAAGCACCACGGAAGGCCUAAUGGCCGGCGCAUUCUUGAUGAAAAAGCUCCAGGACACCCGCUUUGCAUACCCCUUCGCCGAAGCAGACGGCCCCUUGCAAUAUGCCUAUCGGCUGAUGGGCCAGUCCAAGCUAGCGGAGCAGCAUACGUACUCGAUUAUGGAGACUCAGGGUCGCAUGGACAGUUUCAAUCAUUUCAUGGUCGGCAAGUUUCUAAAGUUCGGAACUUUCCCCGACCGCGUCAAGUCUAUGGGUUAUGAUUUAGAUAGCGCGUUAGCGGGUGAUAUUUCCACUGGCACCGGUACUGGCUCCGCUACCAUGGUCGACAUCGGCGGUGGUCGUGGCGAACUCCUCCUCGAGGUCCAGACUGCGUACCCGCAUCUCGGCGCGGAAGAUCUAAUCGUGCAGGAGUUCAAUGCCGACAUUGAUAGCGUGCCUGGUGUACGGCUUAUGGAGUGGAACUACAAAAAGGAGGCUGAGCAGCCCGUUCGUGAGGCCUGUGUUUACGCGCUGCAGCAUAUCUUGCAUAAUUUGCCUGAUUUGGAUGCUGUGGCGUUGCUGCAGAAGAUUUCGCGAGCUAUGGCGCCUAGUUCACGGGUGCUGAUUAUUGAGUAUGCCAAGAAUUUGACUUAUACUUCGCUUCAUGCAAGUAUGAUUGCGUUGUAUGGGGGCCGAGAGAGGAGUUCGGUAGAGUGGAGGCAGAUGGCGGGUUUGUGUGGGCUGGAGGUGACUUUUGAGGUUUAUGUUAGGGCUGGAGAGUCAUUGGUGGAGAUGAGGAGGGCAGAUCGAUAG